AUGCAUCCUUCGAACUUCGCUCACUGGUCCUUCAACACAGCCCGCGAUCUCACCCUCGAAGCUGCUCGCGAUGCCAGCAGUGCCCGCCGGAGCACCGCCAAAGAGCUGCCCUCGGGCCAGCUCAAGAAGCUCUUGGACAGUAGGUCGGAGCGUGAGAUACUCGAGGGCUUGCGCAGAGUCGUCACCAUGUCCUACCGACAACCGCCCUCGCAAACAUUGCCCUUCUUCUCUCACGUAAUCAAAAAUGUCGCCUCCCCUUCGCUCCAGGUCAAGAAGCUCGUCUACAUCUACCUCAUCCAGCAUGCCGAGCAUGAACCAGAUACUGCCCUCCUCUCCAUAAACACCAUUCAAAAGUCUCUCACAGACUCCAAUCCUCAGCUUCGCGCGCUAGCUUUGCGUGUCAUGUCGAGUAUCAGAGUGCCAGUCAUUAGCCAAAUCGUAAGCCUGGGCAUCAAGAGGGGAGCGGGAGACAUGUCACCUCUAGUGAGGAAAGCAGCAGCGUUGGCCAUACCGAAAUGCUACCGACUGGAUCCGAACACCGAACCCCAAUUGCUCGAGUACCUGUCCAUCUUGCUGGGCGACAAGCAAUAUUUUGUCACGGGAGCAGCCGUCGCCUCAUUCCUGGAGUUGUGCCCUGACCGGCUCGAUUUGAUACAUCCCCAUUACCGCUCUUUGGUACGGAAGCUGGUGGAUAUGGACGAGUGGGGUCAGCUGGCAACUCUGAAACUCAUGCUGGUAUAUGCACGGAAGUGCUUUCCACGACGAACUAAGAAAGUCAGGAAAGCUGCAAGGAACAACGAUACAACGUCGAAACCGACAAAGUCGACAAGGGGUUUUUAUGAAUCAGAGAGCGAAUCAGAAGAGGAGAAGGAGCAGGAACAGGAGCAAGACAUGGAGGAGGUUGUCAUAUUGGACCCAGACCUUGAGCUGCUGUUGAAAGGAUGUCAGUCACUACUCCAGUCUCGAAACGCUGCUGUGGUGAUCGCGGUAGCAAGGACGUACCUCUACCUUGGGACACCGGAAUACCUGUACCAGGCCAUCGGACCUCUGAUUUCGCUACUACGGUCCGCUGGUGAUAUACAGCACAUUGCACUGUAUAAUGUGGUUCAGGUCUGCUUGACACAUCCGGAGCCUUUUGUCAAGUACUAUACGCACUUCCUAGUACGUUCUACAGACGCACCGCACAUAUGGCGCUUGAAACUCGAACUCCUCACCUUGAUCUUUCCCUAUGCACAGCCAAGACUUCAAAGCUUGAUCUUGGCCGAGCUCAGCCACUUCUCGCACUCUGGAAGUCUGGACUCUGCCCUGGUAAAGGAGUCUGUCAGGGCGAUUGGACGAUGCUCCCAGAGCCCCGCGACGAGCCCACAGACAGCGGCGAGAUGUUUGAAGCUUUUGCUGAAGCAUAUUGGCUCGGCGGAUGCGCACUUGGUAGCAGAAUCUCUGGAGGUGAUUCGUCACUUGAUUCAACGAGACCCAAACGCCCACCGCACGACCGUAGUCCGAUUAGCCAAGCAUCUGGACGCAGCUACCAGUCCGCAAGCACGGGCGAGUAUCAUCUGGCUGGUUGGAGAGUUUGCAGGCAUCGAUCCGGAGAACAACAUUGCUGCAGACGUCCUGCGUAUUCUGGUCAAGGGCUUUGCAGACGAGGCUGAGCCGGCCAAACUGCAAAUAGUCCUUCUUGCAGCCAAGGUCUAUGUACACCAUCUGACCGCCAAUCCGCCUCCAGAGCCACCGAAACAAGAAGCACCCAAACCGAGCCCAUCGCUACUGGAUGACUACCAUGAAGAAGGUGGUGGCUUCAGAGACGAGCACCUCGAAGCACCACCACGGAUCGAAGACGUCAAAGAACAAGAAAAGCCACACAUCAUCGAGGCGUUGUACAAUUACGUACUUCUCCUGGUGCGCUAUGACACCUCCUACGAUCUUCGCGAUCGCGCACGUGUCUACAAAGCACUACUCUCCACGCCCACAUCAACCCAGCUUGCUUCACUUCUCCUUCUCGCGCCAAAGCCUGUACCGCACAUUCCCAGCCCCAGCGAAACGCGCAAAGGCUACGUCGUCGGCAGUGCCAGCCUCGUCAUUGGCGAUGAAGGUGGCGUCGGAGGACUUCGUGGCUACGAGGAUCUGCCCCGCUGGGUCAAGGAAGGCCAGGAGCCCGACCCCGCCCUCCGCGAUGAAGUUGUUUCGACGUCGACAUCCACAUACGAAGCUGCGCGGUCCAUGACGGCGGCGGAUAGAUUGGAUGUUGCGGCUGGAGGUAGUGGUAGUAGGAUGACGCCGGACAGCAGGAUGAGUCCAGGUAGUCUGAAUGGAUUGGGUGGGGAUGUGGGGAUGGGUGCGGGCAUGAGCAAGGAAAAGCAAAAGGAGAAGACGCUGGAUGAUUGGCUUGCAGAGGAGAGUGGGAGUGAGGAGGAGACGGAGACAGAGGAGGAGGAUGAAGACGAAGAAGAGACGGAUGAAGAAGAGGAGAGCGAGUAUGAGACGGAUAGCGAGAGUGACGAUGAGGGUGCUAGACUGGUCAAGUAG